GAUCAUCCGCCCUUCGCUGCCUGGGUCCAAUUUACGGCCCCUUUUUUUGUGGGAGGACAAUCCCUGACCAGCUUUUCCCUAUUCUCGUUUCCGAACGUGCUCACCUCAUCUUCAAUUUCUCCCACCACACAAAAUUUCCACAAACUACAUCACACACCCACUUACACACAAAUCUCCCCCUCCAAUUAUCCCUCUUAAAGCUUCCAGAGAAACAGCCGUUUCCCGCCUUCCCAUUCUCCUACGGCUUCACGUCGAAAAGCUUCUCCCCACCCACGACACGUCUGAAAACUCGAUUAUCUUUUCGCGUCGGUUGUUGUCGCGGCAACAUCCUCCGCCUUAUACAAUCCGGAUAGUCCUCCCAUCCACAAGGCUCUACGAUACUGAGCUCGCUCCCCCCUCCUUUCCGUCUCGCCAAAACACCAGAACCCUCCAACCCUUUUCCCAAGACCCAAGGCCAAAACGGUCCGAAUAAACACGUUAAUCUGUCGCUACUCUUCUCGAGGGUAGUAGGAUCACGGCUUCAAGAUGGGUGGUUAGUGAUCGGAUCCCUGUUUGUGGAUAGGGGAUGAUUUGAGAAGGCUAAUAUUUCCCAACAGGCUCCAUAUCAAAAAUCAUGGUAAUACUUUACCGGAAGCAUUUGUUUCUCAUUUUAAGUGAGCUAUUACUGAUAUUGGACCAGAGCAAGCUGUUUGGAACAAAGGAAAUGAGGCUACUCAUGUUGGGGUUGGAUGCGGCUGGAAAGACGAGUGCGUUCCCGGAAUUGCCCCCAGCCCCUCCCUAUCGUCCACUGAUUAGAGGCUAACUGUUAUUACGUUAUUAUUGUUAUUAUUUCUGAAUAUAGCUAUUCUCUACAAAUUGAAGCUUGAUCAGGACGUUACAACAAUUCCGACGGUCGGCUUCAAUGUCGAGACCGUAACCUACAAGAACGUCAAGUUCAAUGUGUGGGUGAGUUCUUGGACGAUUUCCCGAUUACAAAACUUUUUGCGGGGUCGAAGCUGACAACUACUUGUUUACGUAGGAUGUCGGUGGCCAAGACAAGAUCCGUCCUCUAUGGCGCCAUUACUUUUCUGGUGAGUUGUCCAGUUCCACGACGCUCGCCCUGCCGUGCUUCGGUACGUCUAAUCAAUCUCUUGCCGCAGGUACCCAAGGUUUGAUUUUUGUUAUCGACAGUCAUGACCGUGACCGUAUCGACGAGGCAAGGCAGGAGUUGCACAGGAUUAUCCAGGACCGGGAGAUGAAGGAGUCCCUCCUGCUAGUUUUCGCUAACAAGCAAGAUAUCCCCGGCUGUGAGUAAUCCCUGUCUACCAUUCCGGAGAGCCAAUGCCGGAGUGUUGUCAUUGGAUCCCCCGGCGUGGGGCCGGCUCGCCUGCGUCAGAAUUGAGCUGACAUUCUAUGCAAAUUAGGCAUGCCACCUUCCGAGGUUACAGAAAAGCUUCAGUUACACAAACUAAAGGAUAGGGUCUGGUAUGUGGUUCCUAGUUGCGCCACUACAGGUGAAGGGCUGUUUGAGGGAUUGGUAUGUUUUUUCUCAUUUUACAUAGGUGUUAUUUCAUUUGCCUAGGGGAUACUAUAAAGAAAUUGACGCUGACUUCUCGCGACAGGGUUGGUUGUCCAAUAAUGUCAAGACGCAAGCUCCCGCUCGGAAGUAG